UUAUUUUAUUUUUUUUUGGUGACGUCACGUGAGACGCUAGAUUCCGAUACCGAAAUUCAAUCUCCUCCUGUUUGAGUCUGAUUUAAUGUGCUGCACCGCCCGAUUCUAAUGCUCGUUCUUCAAAAUGGAGUCCCAAAACCAUAAAAUGAUCUGUGCCAUCUGCUUGGAGCGUUAUAAAGACCCCUGCACCAUCCCCUGUGGACACAACUUCUGCCACUCCUGCAUCAAAUCUCACUGGGACUCCGGAACCAGCUACUACUGCCCCAUGUGCAAAGAGGAGUACCACACCAAGCCCACGCUGCGCAAAAAUGUGGACUUAUGUGAGCUGAUAGAGGGGGCGGGCAGCUCGGGGAGGUCCGGUGUGGAAGGACGGGCGGCGGGGGGAGAGGAGGGCGGAGAUGUGGAGCUGUGCCAUAGACACGGGAAGCCUCUGGUGCUGUUCUGUAACCAGGAGAAGAUGACCGUUUGUUAUGAGUGCGCGGUGAAACAGUGUGACAGCCACGACAAGAGUAUGCUGGACGAAGAGCGGCACAACCAAGAGCUGAUUCUCCAGGGGAAAGAGAAAGAAAUAGAGAGACUCAUCGAAGAAACAGAGAGAAGCUUCCUGAACCUUUCUGAGAACAUCAGCCAGGCAGAUGUCACCCUGCAGCAAACGUCCAAAUGGGUGAAUGCCAAGUUCCAGAGCCUUCUGAAGAGCCUGGCGGAGAAGCAAGAGGUGACGGAGCACUUCCUGGAAGAGCAGAGGCAGAGCACCAUCACAGAGGCCCAGGAGAGGCUGUCUGAGCUGGAGGAACGUGCACGAAAGCUCAAAGAAAAUAAGGAGCAAGUUAGUGCGCUGAGAGAGCUGCCGGAUACGGAGCUAAUCAAGAAAUCCAUGCUGGUGACAGUGCCGGAGUACCAGCACAUCUGCACAGAGGUCAGUCCCAGUCUACAGGAGCGUCUGAGCGGAGUGACCGAAGUGCUGUCCAAGGUCUCCAAACUGUUACAUGAGGAUCUGGAGCGAGCUGUGGGCACGGCACUGGGCCAUGACAAGCAAGCCUCUCCGCAGGACAAGAGGCCUGUCCUGGCUGUGGUCCCUAGUCCAGCAGCACCCUUUGCUCCGGGGCUCAGGGAGGGACUCGAUAGCCACCGCUGCUCCCUGACCUUUGAUCCCCGCACAGCUAACGGUCACCUGUCCCUGUCUCAUGGGAACACCCGGGCAGAGCACCUGAGCUCGGGCCCGCGGGAGGUCCCGGAAGACAAGGCGCGCUUCGAUCACACCUGGCAGGUCCUGUGCUGCCAGGGCUUCAGCCAGGGAAUGCACUACUGGGAAUUGGAGGUGUCCAAACCUUGGGCAUAUGUCGGGGUGACGUACGAGUCCAUCCCAAGGAAAGAGAAAGGUAAGCGCUGCAUGGUGGGUAUGAACGACCUGUCCUGGAGCCUGCAGCUGGACGAGAGGCAGCUGAGCGCCUGCCACGGGGGGCGACAGGAACCCGUGAGUGGACCCCCUCCCCCGCACUGCCGCAUCGGGGUGCUCCUGGACUGCGAUGCGGGCACCCUCACCUUCUAUGGGCCAGACCAGAGCCGCCUGCACGCCUUCCACUGCGCCUUCACACACCCGCUGUACCCCGCCUGCUGGAUCGGGGAGGGAGUCAGCGUCAGCCUCUGCCCCCCCGGGACAUGAGGCCAGAGCAGUAGCACAGAGGACAUGUCUGACUCUUGGCUUUUUUAAACAUGGGAAAUCGACAUGAGUUAACAUGAACUGACUUAAGAAUAUUUUGUUUCAAUAUUGUUUGUUCAAGCUUGCCUGGGAUCCAGAAUACACACCUCUCCAAUACUUUAGAUGUGAGUCAUUGGUUAAUCUCCCUGACCUUAGAUGGAUGUAUUUUACAGGUGGAUUAGCCAAUAAGGCCACAUCAUCUGUCCAUAAUGCAUAAUGUACAAAAAAAAUACGGCUGCUUAAGAGGAAAAAAAGUUAAAAAUAUCACAAGGGACCAUAGACUUUAUACAGUUUAUGGUCCCCUGUGAUAUUUUUUUCCUUUUAGUGCAAGGUCACCCAUAAUGUUCGUCUCCAGUCAAAUGAAGCUCACAAGCCUAGCAGUUAUAGGUAUGAAUUUGAAGCCGAGUUCCAUAUUAGGAAUAGGAAUUUAUUAACGGGCAAAACAGUGAAAUAAAAUACCAUAUCAUGUAGAAAUUAAGUGAGAGAUAUGUAAUUUUAUUGGUAAAUGUGAGGUGACCAAUGAUCUCCUUCAUUUCACAUGCGUCACUAAAAUAAACAAAUCUGAUUGGACGAUCUUUUUGGUUCUGGCUCGAGACACGAUGGUAACACUUCAUAAUAAUUACACUAUUUACAGUCUUAAUAAAGCAUGAGCAAAGACUUAAUUCAUAAUGAGCAAAUAGUUAAUAAAUAAAGAUUCAGUCUUAGUAAUUUCUUAAUUAAGGGGCUAGGGUUAGAAGUCAAAUUUUGCUUUAUUAAGGCUAAUUAAAGUGCAGUGUAACCAAAAAAUUUACUCCAUGGGCAGAUCAUUUUGCUGGAAAUAUAACAAAAAUAAAAUUAUAACCAGAAAGUAUUACCAUUUAAAUUUUUAUUCAAGUUACUGUACAUUAUCAAUUUUAUAUUGCCCUGAGGAGGUAACUAAGACAAUAGCGGCUUCUGAGAGUUCACAUUUCACUCUGCAUGGUUGGUUACAUCCACCUGUCAAUCACUCAGGACUUAGUCAAUAGAAGAACAGAUGUACAAAUGUAACCAGUGAAUCACAAUCUACUAAUGUCACAAUCUUGAUUUCUGUUGCAAUAAAUAUUAAGUUAAUUACUUGGGCUACUUAAAUCCACAUGACUAUUCUGAAUUCAAGUCAUCCUAACUCAUGUAACUCAGCCUUUGCAGAUCUUAAUAUGUUGUAUUAUAGCCUUUUUUAAAUUUUCUUUGCACUUAUCAUUUGAAAAAGACACUCGCGUUUGGAGGAUUGAUUUCUGGAAUCAGUGAAAUGUCCAUAAAACUGGUGCUAUGUCUUUGACUGUUUGACUUCUGUUCCUGCCCUUAGCGGAUACACUGAGCCCAGAGUACAAGAGUCAAGACCAUUCAUCGUUGUUUUUGGAUAAAGUACUUCAUAUUUUCACAUUUCCCCAAACAUAACUACCCAGUGCUCAGAUGCUGUACAAGUAUAGUGGUAGUCUGUACUUACAAUUCCCUAUAAGCAUAGGAUGACCAGAUGUCCCUGUUGACUCAGGACAGUCCCAGUUUUGAGCCUUGUGUCCCCUGUCCCAGCAGAUUUAUAUAAAAUCAGUGAUUUGUCUCGGUUUUAUAAGAAAUGCCCCAGGUGUCCCUAUUUUUUGACCAAUUUGAUCCAAACCAAGUCUCUUUUUUUUUUUUUUACUUAAGCAAAAGUACAAAUACAGCAGGGGUUAAAAAUGAUUCAAGUAAAAGUAUAGUAUAAAAAGUCCACUUAAGUAGUGAAGUAGGCUACCCAUUUAAAAAUGUAUUUCAACAGUAAAAAAUAUUUCUAAUUUUGAGAAACAAUUGUUAAAUUUUUUUUUGCUAUGAACUGAAUUUUUUAAUGGUGUUACUGAAAAGCCUGAGUGUUGUGAAACUGUUGUAGUGUUACAUCUGAAACUGUUUAAUAAUGGACACCUCUCUUACUAGAAUUUAUUUUGUCACCUCUGCUGUGUAUGUAUUAAAUGUAUUUUGUCAAUGUUAUUAUUUGCAAAUAUGGCCAAUGGGCAAUGCCAAGUUUGUAUUAUUUAAAAACUUUGCACAAAUUGUAUGAAAGACAUUUUUUGAGGGACAUUAAAAUGAUAAAACACAAA